AUGCAUUUCAAGCAGGCCCUCGUUGCUGCUUCCGCGGCCGCUUUGGCAGCCAGUGCUGCCGUCUCUGCCGCUCCAGUGCCCUCAAACGAUGUUGUAGGACUGUCAGACCUGAAGGAAUAUCCAACGUUGGAGGCGCGCGUUGGCAAGACUCGGCCUACCUUUACGCCAGCAGGCGGCGCUGUUCCCACCACGCACGACCCGAACAACUUCAAGUUUGACGGCAAGAAGGGCAAAGAUGCAAAGGCUGCCGUGAGUCCAUUUGUCGGCUUCGAUCGAGUUUUGACGUCGUUGCCAGCCAGCCAUGCAGUCGCGAGUCGCGAUGCUCAAGCAUGCUGUCUCUUUUUCUGCAGGCCGAUGACAUUCAGCCCGCGCUGGACCAACAUGUUGCUGACCACUAUCCCAACGUGGCUUCCGCCCACGUGACCGACCGAGUGAGUUGGACGACGCUCAAUUCACUGAUUGAACUUAGUGUUGAUUGGAUGUUGAAGCGCUAGCACGAAGCUGAUCCCUUUCUUCUUUGCUGCUUUUCCCUUUUCCUUUCCUUUUCUCCGUCUCUAGUUCCACACAUCCCGCACCGACACCUCAUACCAUGCCACUGCUGAAAUGAAAGACAAGGAUGGAAACAUUGUGCACGAUACCAACCUGAACAACAGUCCGCCUUCCGAGGUGCACCACAUCUACCCUUUGGACCACCAGCAGGCUCAAAAGGACGGCAUCAUCCCUCUGGGUCCCAACCAGACCGUACCGCCCAAGAGACGCGGCGUCGACUCUUAUGACUGGCAAGUCUUGUACUACGCAUGA